GGAUCGAUGAUGUUCUAGGUUGCAGUCAGCAUGAAACAGGGCCCGCUUCGUUCACUUAACAGGAGUGGAAAAUCUGAAUCAGUUCCGACGCCAUUGUUGAGGAAAAUGUGACGGCUUGAAAAUGCGGCAAAAUUUUUCCUGACAAAGGCUCCUGAAAGCGGAUCAAAGCAACUAAAGCCCCCUUGAAUCUCUCCCGCGUAUCUUCGUGAAUCGCGUGGGAAUCGUGAAGCAAAUCAUUCUUCAGGGGCUAGGAUUCAUAGUGUUGGAGCUAUAAGAAACUUUUCUGCAGUUCUCCUCUCUUUCUCAAACGGUCAUCAUUAGCUUUUCGCUUACCUCUGCGGUCUUUCCUUCCUCCUCCUUUGAUUGCAGGUGUGAAUCAAUUACAACACCCCCCGCAAGAGAUCGAUCACGGUUCGAUUUUUGUCCAUCUUCCCUCUGUAACCCUCUCUUCAGAGGGCUUGCGAUCGUGGUUCACUUCUGUUUUCUUGGGCUUCUCUCAAACAAUACCAUGUAUGUGGUCGCCCAAAAGUUUUUGUCUGGAUAUCUGCUGUGCCCACCGAAGAUUGCGGCGCUUGGAGUUGUGGACGUGGCGCCGUUAGAUCAUUUGAGGUUGGCCGAUCAGUUUAUUGUUCAUGAUGGCAGAAACCCAUCAAUUGUUUCGACCAGAGUUGGGUCCUCUUUCUUUGGCAAGAGAUUUUUGAGCGCAAGCGGGAGAUUGGAUGUAGAGGGCGUUUGUCACGACCUCGACUUGCCGUCUUCGAUGGCACUGGCGCGAAUCGAUAGUGAAGAACAGUUUAAUCGAAUCAUCGCCGAAGCACAGCGCCUCGGAGAAUUGCUGAUUAUUGUCUGGGCAGCUAGUUGGUGUAGAAAAUGUAUAUAUUUGAAACCAAAGUUGGAAAAAUUGGCAUCAAUGCACUAUCCAAGGGUCCGUUUCUACUAUGUUGAUGUUAAUGCUGUUCCUCAAAGGCUAGUAAAUCGAGCAGGCAUCGUGCAGAAAAUGCCAACUAUCCAGCUGUGGAAGAAUGGGAACAAGCAAGAAGAAAUGAUUGGUGGCCACAAAGCCUGGAUUGUUGUUCAAGACGUACAUCAAAUGAUUGAGAACGCCUAUUAAUCAUUAACAUCUGCAGUAUUUGCUGUAUCGGUGGUCAUUUGCGAUCCACAAUUUGAGAAAAUUGAUAUCGUCUUUCAUUAGUUUGUGACUAGUAAUUUUUGUUUCAAAAAGGAAAUUCCUUCUGCUUCA